GAACCCGUAGACGAGCACGUGCAUGCACCUGGUCGUAUCAUGAGGCAACAUUCACAACUGUCGAAAACCAAAGCAAUUUUCAUCUGCAAUAGAUAUAACUAGACCGUCAUGCGUGCUCAUUCCUAAUCCACGAUAUUUUCAUCAUCCGCCUAUAACGCCACGUCUCAAACAGAGUAUGAACAAAGACCUCAAGAAUUAGCUACCUAAAGGCAGAUAAUGUAAUAACAGAAAGGCUUUAGGUUUUCUACAGGUAGAAAAACUUCCCAAAGCCAUUGCUAAUGAGCCGAACGUAAGUUGCUAAACGGUAGCCGGAUCUUUGAUAAUAUCGAACACAAUAUCUUUGUUCUUCUUCGAACUCGACCAAGAAACAGAGUUAUACCUACGUGUCACGUACAAGGAAUAGGUAGCUACUGUUUGUUUAAAACUCAAAUCAUGAAAAACAGCCACAUAAAUGGACAUAACAAAGAAUUAUUAUCAUAAAAUUCCGGCUUUGAUAGGAACAUUCUUGAUUUUCUGUGGACUUUUGGUUUUUAUAACUACAAAACCAUCGACAGUACAAAUAAAAUUGGGAAGUAAUAAUGAUGAACAAGAACCCGAAAGCGAAUAUUUAAGCCAAAACUCCGCGUUAAAGUGGAGCUACAAAUGCGAUGGCGAAAAAUGCCAGAAAGUCCUAGAGAAUAAUUCAACAUCUUCAUACAUUACUUGCUCUAUGACAUGCGGUAAAAACUCACAAUUAUGGCCUGUCCCUCAAGAAAUUGGCAGCCUGAGUAAGCAAUAUGUGAGCUUUUUACCAACCGAAAUCGAUUUUUCAACAAACGCAAUGAACCUUUCCAAAAAGCUCGUUGAUGAAGCGUUUGAAAUUUUCAAAAGAAAUAUCCACGUUCCUGACAAACAACUGAUAGGAAGCUACAACGUCCGCUUAUCUCUCAACAUACAAAUAACCGAUUUCAGUAUGACAACGAUAACAUUAUCCACUGACGAAAGUUAUCAUCUUUUGGUAAGUCAAAAGAAAGAAAAAGUCGUUGUUGCAAUUACUGCAGAAAAUUUCUUCGGAGCAAGACACGGUUUGGAAACGCUUUCCCAACUGAUAUGGUACGACAAAGAUACGAAAUCGUUAAAUAUUUUAAACGAGGCGGACAUCCACGAUUAUCCCAAAUUCAAGCACAGGGGAGUCAUGGUUGACACUGGGAGAAACUACUUCGCGGUCGAAGGAUUAAAACGGGUUAUCACAGGCAUGGCCGCGAACAAACUCAAUACAUUCCACUGGCAUAUAACCGAUUCUCAGAGUUUUCCCUUUGUUGUACCAAGCGUCCCGAAACUGUCCCAAUACGGGGCCUACAGUCAGGCAAAAGUCUAUGAUGCAGCCACCAUUCGAGACAUGGUAGAAUACGCAAGAGUUAGAGGAGUUAAAGUGAUAAUAGAAGUUGACAGUCCAUCUCACGUCCAAUUCGGUUGGAACUGGGGACCUGAGGAGGAUCUUGGGGACUUAACGUUAGAUUGCGGAAGCAACACCAUAGAUCGAAUGCUAAACCCGUUUAAUAUCAAUUCGCUCGAUAUUCUAGAAAAGAUCUACAAGGAAAUCGGAAAUCUACAAACGUCUACAGAAAUUUUUCACAUAGGAGGUGACGAGAUCGAUAGUAGCUGCUGGUUCCGGUACAGCAACGAAACCUACGGGGAAUUUUGGACGAAAUAUUUAUGGCUGAUGGUCAAUCGUUCGUACCAAGCGAACAGUGAUAAACCACCAAAAUACGUGGUGAUUUGGAACAGUGACCUAACCGAGGACGACUUUCUAUUCAACUACCUCCCCAAAGAGAGCACAGUAGUCCAAUUUUGGUUUGGAACGAUCGAUUUUCUGAUUAUCGAAAGGUACAAAAUAAUCUUUUCGACCGUUGGCAAAUGGUAUUUGGACUGCGGGUUUGGAAAAUGGAGGGAAUCAAAAGGGGAAGCGUGCGAUCCCUAUACGCAGUGGCAAAUUGUUUAUGGGUAUCAGCCGUGGGUAGAGUACACGAUGGAUAUCGACACAGUGUUAGGUGGCGAGGUUUGUCUGUGGACAGAACAAGUGGGCGAGGACACUUUGGACACCAGACUUUGGCCCAGAACGGCGGCAUUUGCCGAAAGAAUUUGGUCCGAUCCAUCCCAUUAUGGAGGCAGAAUCUCUAUUGACGUUUAUCUUCGACUUUCCACCCAAAGGGAACGGCUUGUGCAAAGGGGGUUGAAAGCGGAAGUACUUUGGCCCGAACGAUGCGUUCAAAAUCCGGAAUUUUGUACAUAAAUACGACUAUACGUUACUAAAUAAUAAUCGGGGGUUAAUACGGAGUAGGUACAUAGGCACCCUCUCGCACGGGAUAAAAGAUGAGUUCCUAUCCAGAUUGUCAAAUUUCUAUUAAAAUAAAUCCGCUAUUAUAGAGGAUUAUCUAUCAAAUAAUGACGUGCGGCUGUUACUGUCACCCCCGUUGUUAAUUAUUUAAAUUCGGGUUUGAUUGUGCACCCGUGUUGGUGUCUAUCACGAGGUACUUACUCGAUACAGUUUUACAAAAAAAAUAUGAAGCAGGGGUGACUUCCCAGAUUAUGCUACCGCAAUGUAUGGCGUUUGAUAUUUUUAUUAUGGUUUGAUCGUCGCCGAUUUAGUGGGAACCCAAUGGAGAACUAGUAACAAUUAACAGUGUUAAUUGAUAAAAGUAAAAAUUAAACGUAAAAAGUAAAAGUUACUUAAGUUGUGAUAUGCCGUCUGCCCCCUUUUGGGAACUUAAAAAAACCACUCGAUUGAAAGAUUAUGUAUCCCGUACUGACCUAACAGCGUCUGCCGAUAGGACAUGCAGGUUAUAUUUACUAGGGAGGUAAUGUAAAUGAAGAGGCAGGCAGUUUAGUAUAUUUAUAAUGUAACAGUUUCGUUAUCGACUUGAAUCCUAGAAAUUGGACGAUCGAGAGAGAAACGAAGUAAAGUGAUCAUGAAUUCAAAUCAAUGGUAUAAAACCAUUAAAGGGAUAGAUAAUUUUUCGGUCUUACAAAACCCAAACGUCACUUAUUUUUAAGCGUCUAGAAGCAGAAACCGAUAAGGUUCACUAAAAUCUACCUAAAAUCAUAUUCGAGAUUCCUAACAGUCAAAAUAUAUAUUUUAUAAACUUCCAAAAGGGCAGACAGUACAAAACCACGUCGUUUUCGCCAAGUCUAUAUCCUGUAAAAGUACUCACCUUGAAGGUAUAAAAUAAAUGUUAAACGUAAGUAGCCGUAAUCAAAAAGGUUAAUAAAAUUCAAAGGUCCAAACUUUAUUUACA